GAGGUCCUCAGCCUCCAGUGUCAUUGGUGAAUGACCGAAGAUGUCUCACAGCAGGUUGUUUGCCAGGCUGCUUUUGCAGCAGAGUGGAGUCAGGCACUGUUAUACAGCGUCAAGGCAGCACCUCUACAUCACCAAGAACACCAAGGUCAUCUGCCAAGGUUUCACAGGGAAGCAGGGAACGUUUCACAGUCAGCAGUCUCUUGACUAUGGCUCCCAGUUAGUUGGAGGUGUUUCCCCUGGCAAGGGUGGUAAGACGCACCUUGGUCUGCCAGUCUUCAACUCGGUCAAGGAGGCAAAGCAGGGCACAGGGGCAGAUGCCACUGUGAUUUAUGUACCUCCUCCAUUCGCGGCAGCAGCCAUCAUAGAGGCCAUUGACGCAGAGAUACCCCUGGUGGUGUGCAUCACUGAGGGCAUCCCCCAGCAGGACAUGGUGCGAGUCAAACAUAAGCUCCUGCGCCAGAACACCACCCGCCUCAUAGGCCCCAACUGCCCAGGAGUCAUCAAUCCUGGAGAAUGCAAGAUUGGCAUCAUGCCAGGCCACAUUCACAAGAAAGGAAGAAUUGGCAUCGUUUCUAGAUCGGGUACCCUGACAUACGAAGCUGUGCACCAAACUACACAAGUAGGCCUGGGACAGUCACUCUGUGUUGGUAUUGGUGGGGAUCCAUUUAACGGCACGAACUUCAUAGACUGUCUGGAGGUGUUCCUGCAGGAUCCCAAGACGGAGGGCAUCAUCCUGAUUGGAGAAAUCGGGGGGAAUGCGGAGGAGAAUGCAGCAGAGUACCUGAAAGAGCACAACUCUGGUGCUAAUGCGAAGCCCGUGGUGUCCUUCAUCGCAGGACUAACUGCUCCUCCUGGCCGGAGGAUGGGCCAUGCAGGCGCCAUCAUUGCUGGUGGAAAGGGUGGAGCCAAAGAAAAGAUUGCAGCCCUCCAGUCAGCUGGAGUUGUAGUCAGCAUGUCCCCUGCUCAGCUGGGCAGCACUAUGUUCAAGGAAUUUGAGAAGAGGAAGAUGUUGUAAAUUGUGCGGGAAGGCAACUGACCUUUUACCCCCUGCCUCGAAAUUGAGAUGAGCAGCCUGAUUCUGGAGGUGGAUAUGCCCUACAGUGUCUGUAAACCCUGAUUAUUUCAACUACGAUGCGCACAUCCAGUGUUUAUAUUGUAAUUUCUGCCAUGAACUUGUACCUUGCACAUAACAGAAAAAUAAAACAUAGUGUCUUAAUGGUAUCCUAAAGAACUCAUUGUACACAGUGUAAAAGCUUUAUAGGUGUUUUUUUUUUUCUUUUCCUUCUUCUUCCUCCACACAAUGUCAACACCUGAGGGAAGGAUGAUCUGUUUCGUUCUGUUCUACUCCUGCUGUAAGAUGUAUUUCAUCACCCAUUUCACCGGCUGCCCACCUGAAUAAGAAAUAUUUCUCAUAUCAUUUUCCAGCUGUGUUGUGUCCUUUCUCGUGGCACACGUGAGAAACAGAUGUGGUGCCAUUAUUGAAUGUCUGUUUCCAGGUUUUUAGCAUUCUUAAAGUUAACGCGAGCACAAAACUUCACAGAAUGGGAAGGUGCCAGUAAUGUUGCAUGUGCAGAAUAAAUUACAAAGUGAACAAAUUCCAGUUGUCUGACAUAUUUAAAAAUAUACCACUUGGUUUUAGUGUUGCCUUCAUCCUGAGCGGAAACAGUUAAUAAGUUCAUCUAAAGAGUAAUUGGCGAGAAUGUGACAUUUGUUGGUUAAAUAUUUUAAGACCUGCUCACACCAUGAUUGAAAAAUUUGGUGCCAUUGACCAACGGCAAACCAUCCUGUCGGUGCUGACCUUUGAGGGAGAGCAGGGAAGCUGAAAAUGGAGUAAGCUUUUGUAGCUAAUAUGUUGCAUCAUCCAUUUUUAUUUGUCCUCCUCUGUUGGAGUAUAAACUCCUCCACAAAAGCUUUGUAGCGUGCCACAAAUGUAUCUUCAAUAAAUUGUGUGAACUUAUUGUCCCGUUAGCUUGCUAACUGUCAUUUAGCGAGGGUUUAUUCCCCCUUGAUACGUCAUUUUAUUCAAUAAAAUGAUGAAUGUAAAUCUU